AUUUCGCACUAUUUUGUUGAGUCGCACGUGUAGUUGACCCUUUCAGUGAUUAUAGGCGGAGUAGUAUUUGGAAUUUAAAAGAAUAAAACUGUUUAAAUAUGGUAAAAAUCAAAAGAAAAGCAAUCGUUGAGGCAGAAAGCAAUGCGGCAGAAGACUUACUGACUAAAAACAGUACUAGCGAAGAGGAAACCGAUGAUGGUGUGAACAAUAUGACAAACAAAAAAGCUAAGGCUAAUAAUAUGGAUAAUAAAGGCAAAGAUGGACCUUCAGCGAAAGUCCCGAAAAAACAACGAAUUGAAUCUAAAACCAACCGAAAGGCUUCCGCCACCGAAGCGAGCGUCAGUGUAGUUAGCCAAGCAAAAUUGAUGAAACCGGCUACCGAGAAAGUAAAGCCACCAACGCUAGAGGAGAUAAACGAGUUAAAGGAAACACGCAAUCUCUUUCAUUCAAAUCUUUUUCGCCUGCAAGUUAAGGAAAUGUUGGCUGAAUUAAAAGUUAAGGACAAAUACACGAACUACAUUAAUAAUUGGCUGGAGCAUUUUAAACUAUUCCUUAACAAACUCCAAACACAACAAAAGGAAUAUAUGAACAGUCAAGAUUGGUUAAAAAGUAGUAAAAUAAAAUAUCCUCUUUCGUUGCAAAAUUUGCGUGUGCAACAACAAAAGAUGUUCCAAUUUCAAUUUAUAAAACCCAAAGUUUCACCAUAUUUAAUAGGUGCAGCUGCUACACAAACUUUACUUGGACCAAAGUUUGUCGCUGAUAUUUGCAUUUCUAUGCCAGAAGAAUGCUUUCAAAAGGAGAAUUAUCUCAAUUUAAUAUAUGAUCAGAAGCGAGCGUAUUAUUUAACUUACAUUGGGAAUGAAUUGCUUAGUAGCAACGAAUUCGGUGACACGUUCACAACAGACAAAUUAAAGUUCAGCUAUCAUAAUAACAAUCCACUUAAACCGAUAUUGGAGGUUACACCAACUCCGCUUGAGGGGUGCAGUAUUAAAGCGAAUAUUGCAGGCAAGGUGAUUUUUCGCCUAUUUGUGGCCGCGGAAGAAAGUUCUUUUAAACUAAAUCGCUUUGUGCCAUGGAACAACAAUGUGCGCGCCAGUAUUUUCGGUGAUGAUGACGAAGAAUCGCUUCAACUGGCUACGCCACAUUAUAACGCCGGUGUUCUUUUCGAUCUCACUAUGCAACGAAACCAACAAUUGUUGUAUGGAAGUUUCGAUGGGCGUAAAAAUUUCCAAGAAGGACUGGUCUUGUUGAAAGUUUGGUUGCGGCAGCGUGAAUUCGACGUGGGCUUUAAUGGUUUCGGAGAGCAUUUAUUAGCUAUGUAUAUGGCGUACCUUUACAAACAGCGUAAACUACAUGUGAAUAUGAGCAGCUAUCAAGUAGCGCGCACCGUAUGGAAUCAAUUGGCAUACAGUGCUUGGGAUGAGGAUGGUAAAGGUAUUUCGUUAGCUGAUAACUCUACAGACCUCGCCAAUCAGCCCACUUUGGAGCAAUUUCAUACAUACUACGAUGUGGUCUUCAUAGAUGCUACUGGCUUCUAUAACAUUACUGCAAAUUUAACCCGGGAGUUGUAUCAUCGUGUCCGUCUGGAAGCUAAAUUAGCAGUUGAUAUGCUGAACGAUAUGAAAAUAAACAGUUUUCACAUGCUUUUUAUGACAAAAUUUCCGCUUUACAGCCAAUUUGACCACUUGCUCAGAAUCAAUAAGAGGGAUGUGGUUGAGCAAAUUAUCGAAAUGCAUGUCGCACCUGCAGAUAAGUACAAUUUUGCAGGUUAUGCGUAUCCGCUAUUGCUAAAAGUAAUUGUUAGCCUUCUACGUAAAGGCCUUGGUGAGCGUGUGCGCACCAUGGUACCGAUCGAGCAACCUACUGACGCUUGGAAUUGUACAAAUAAACCCCCAGACUGUGCACGUUACUGUCAUCUCGGCAUUGUACUUAAUCCCGAUAAAGCGUUUGAAGUUUUAGACAAAGGUCCUGAAUCCAUUGCCGAAAGUGCCAAUGAAUUUCGAAAAUUCUGGGGUGUUAAAGCGCAAUUGCGGCGCUUUCAGGAUGGCAGUAUUACCGAGUCGGUUGUCUGGGCUAAAUCAAGUGACAGUCUAUGGAAACGGCGCCUAGUGGUGCGUUCCAUAAUUACACAUCUACUACAACACCAUUUUCAAUUAGAAGAAAAGGAUUUUGAUUACAUCGCUGGCGAAUUAGACAUUUCGUAUCGUUUAACGCCCGCUUUUAAAACGGACAGAAUGAAUGAAAAGUUCAAAGUAGAACAAGAUGUAGAUGCGGAAGAUACUUCACUAAGUGUAAUUCGUAGUUUUGAUGAUUUAGCGCGGAAGCUCCAUGCUUUGAGUGAGAUUCCGCUCGAGAUUGUUUCUAUUUCCGGCAUAUCACCGGUGUUUCGUUACUGUGAGCCUGUUCCAAUUCUCCCGCAAGCGCGUAUGAUUGGUGAACAAAUGUAUGCUAUGCAAGUACAACGUGGUGUUAUACAAUUAGGCCUCAGUAGCAAAUGGCCUAGUGAGUUAGGAGCCCUUCGUGCGCUUAAAAUUGCUUUUUACAUACAAAUUGCCAAGUUGCUGCGUGAGAAACACAAGCUCCGUACAAAAGUCACCUACGAUGGGAUUUUAGUGCUUAAGCAGGGCUAUUGCUUUGCAAUCGAAAUGUCACAUCCCAAGGAAGUGGCAUUGCUCAAGAAAGAAAAAAGUGAACGUGGCUUAACACAGUACGUUGAUUGUGAAGCUAGCAUUGCCUUGGAAAAGCGUUAUUAUGUAUUGCCGAAGGUGACGGGUGCAUUACAUGCUUUAUAUCAACUACACAAUAGCUUCGGAGGUGCGGUUAUGAUCGCUAAACGUUGGCUGAAUACACAAUUGAUAGACAAUGGUCUGUGGCCUGAGGAGUGCACUGAGCUAUUGAUUGCCGCUCAGUAUCUAAAAACACCCGCGCAAAAAAUUCCUUGUUCACCCCAGACUGGUUUUAUAAGAUUUCUGCAACUGCUGGCGGGUUCUGAUUGGCGGAGCGAACUAUUUUUGUUGAAUUUCAAUAAUGCAAUGGACGAAAACACUGUGGCUGAUUUGGAGCAUCGUUUCAGCACUGAACGUGACAUAUUCCCGCCCUUAUGUAUAGCUACUUCUUUCGAUCUACAACAUAUGGGUAAUUUGUGGUCUUCGUUGAGUAAGCCUAAUGUUAAUGUGUUAGCACGCGUUACCGUGCUGGCCCGUCACUCUUUGGCUAUUAUCGAGGGAGCGAUUAUGUCAACCGAGGAUUUCAUAAAACCUGGACGGAUUUUCGUUGCGCCGAACAAUGGCUACGAUUUGGUGAUUCAGCUGAAACCGGAUAUGAUACCCAAUUCGUGGGCACAUGAAUUUGGUAGUUCAUUCUCGCCAAGUACGAAACCAAAUUGGCGUUUGCCUUUAGCAGAUAGCAAUUUCUUGACGAACGCGGUGAGAAAGCUGCGGGAGGCAUAUUCUGAUUUCGCAGCCUUCUUCUACAAUCCUCACGGGGGCAAAGAAAUAGCGCUCAUUUGGAAGCCUGAUAUAGCCAACGAAAGGGAUUUCAAAGUCAACGAAAUGAAUGGUUACGCGUUAAGCCAUAAAAACGGACAGAAAGUUGUUGUCAGAAAAGAAAUAUUAGUUGAAGAUUUCAAAUUUAUACUUAAAGAGCUUUACCUACGAAUUGGUACAGUAGAUGAAGUGCUUACUGCCUCAGCCACGGCCGACAAAAAGGGCAUAACCAGCAGUAAGAGUUUCAGCAGCAUGCAUGAAAAACGCUACUUUUCCAAAACACAUUUGAAUGAGGCAAUUACUGAAAAAGUGAACACAAAUUUGAAGAAUCAAUCGAAAAAAAUAAAAGCUAGUUCAAAGAAGACAAAAUCAACUAAAUGUUCAACAAAUGGAUUAGCACCUAAGUCGAAGAAUAUCAACAAAAAAGUGAAGACACAAAAAACAGCAAAGAGAGGGUAG